UGACAUUGAUGUUUUUUACCGACGUCAUUUGACGUAAGUAACAAUUAUCAAUCAAUUAAGUUCCUUCAAUUUUCAAUCCUUCAUGGUUAAACGUUCAUUCACAUGACCCUAUAAAAUCAUUUGCCGCUUUUAUCAAUUUUAUAACGAAACUAGAUUAAAAUGGCACCAGCUGCUCCAGCUGUUAAUCCUGUGCCGGCUGAAGAGUCUGUCGGCAUAAAGGCAGUUUUAUUGGGACCCCCAGGCUCGGGGAAGGGCACUCAAGCACCACGCCUCAAAGAGAAGUUCUGUGUAUGCCAUUUAUCAACUGGAGAUAUGCUCCGAGCAGAAGUGUCAUCUGGCUCGGAGCUUGGUCGUCGUCUCAAAAAAGUAAUGGAUGAAGGCAAACUUGUCUCUGAUGAGAUGGUAGUGGAUAUGAUAGACAAGAAUUUAGACCAGCCAGAAUGUAAGAAUGGAUUCCUAUUAGAUGGAUUUCCCAGGACAGUACCACAAGCUGAAAAGUUGGAUGAUUUGCUCGCUAAAAGGAAAACUCAACUGGAUGCUGUAAUUGAAUUUAAUAUUGAGGACAGUUUACUUGUUCGUAGAAUUACAGGUAGAAUGAUUCACCCACCAAGUGGUCGCAGUUACCAUGAGGAAUUCCAUCCUCCACGGAAACCUAUGACUGAUGACAUUACAGGCGAACCUUUGAUAAAAAGGUCAGAUGAUAAUGUUGAUGCACUUAAAAAGCGUUUAGCUACAUAUCAUAAACAAACUGUGCCACUUGUUGAUUACUACAUGCGUAAAGGUCUACAUUAUAGAGUCGAUGCUGCCAAGUCUGCUGAGGAUGUCUUCAGUAAAAUUGAUAAUAUUUUCAAAAGCCGUAUUUUCUCUAGAGGAAGAUCAUCCUUAUAAAUAUAGUCACUAGGCAGAAGUGUUUGUUGUACAAAUAUUACAUUUAUGUGUGUGCAUUACGGUCACAUAUUUUACUGUAUUUUGGGAGAACGCUGUAUUAAUUAAGUCUAUUUUGGAGACUAUUUUUUUGUACAAAUACAGCAAAUACAAUCAGUAUA